CCGUGCAGCUAUUGACAACGAGCGAGCCAUGACAGCGACCAAAGAUCCCAAGGAUCAGGUGCCCAAGACAGCGACGCAGCCGAGUCAGAAGAAUGGCGCCGCAGGUGGGCUGAUGAAGCGUCUACGACGUUCGGCCUCUGUCACCGAACACAAUUUGAAUAAUCUGCGCAAUCGAAACUCGACGCAGCACCUGUUCGACCAGCAUGGCAAUCCCAUUGAUCUGCGUCAGUACCGCAAGGUGCUGGACAAGGACGAGAACGGCAAUGGAACGAGUGAGAAGAAGCUGCGCUAUCGACGCACUCAGAGCGUGACACGGGCUGAGGAAAUCUCCAACAAGGAGGCCAAACAGCGCAAGGCCCAGCCCGACAGAUCCAUACACCGACCCCGCGAUUCGCUGUUCUCCUGGAGCUCAGGCUUUACCAACUUUACGGGCCUGGUCAACUGGGGCUUUCUGCUGCUCUGUAUUGGCGGCCUACGUCUGGGCCUAGAGAACCUUAUCAAAUACGGCAUACGCAUCAACCCCAUUGACUGGUAUUUCUUUGUAAGCGGCCGCGAUCAGGGCGAAGGUCACAAUGCUCUAUUCCUAAUCAUGUACUCUUUUGUGCACAUAUCUCUGUGUCUGGCUGUCGAAAAGGGUUUGGCUCUGGAAAUAAUAUCCGAAGGCCUUGGUAUGAUUAUUCAGAUAGCAAACAUAAUUGUUUCGGUUUGUUUGCCUGUAGUCAUAAUUCAUCUCAAAGGAUCUGCCUUUAGCAUAAUGGGUGCAACGACUGUCUGUUUCUACUAUUCCGUACUGUUCCUUAAGCUGUGGAGUUACGUGCAGACCAACAUGUGGUGUCGGAAAACCUAUUACCAAAGGCAGCCACGUGAAAGAAGACCAAGUAUUACGGUAGCAGAGCUGAAGAGAAAACAUUCAACUGGUGGCGAGGAUGAUGAAGAUGUCACUAAGUUAGUACAAUAUCCCGAAAACUUAUGUUAUAAAGACAUUAUGUACUUCUUGUGCGCACCCACGCUUUGCUAUGAAUUGAAUUUUCCACGCACUUCGCGCGUCCGCAAACGUUUUUUGCUAAAACGUUUGCUGGAAGUGUUGAUUGGUGUAAAUGUUUUGAUGGCUCUGUUUCAACAAUGGAUUAUACCCUCGGUGCGCAACUCCUUGAUACCAUUCUCCAACAUGGAUAUGGCACUAGCCACAGAACGUCUGUUGAAACUUGCGCUUCCCAAUCAUUUAGUCUGGCUAAUCUUCUUCUACCUGUUGUUCCACUCUUUUCUUAAUGCCAUUGGCGAAGUGCUAAAUUUCGCAGAUCGAAACUUUUACUGUGAUUGGUGGAAUGCGAACAAUAUUGAUACUUUUUGGCGCACCUGGAAUAUGCCGGUGCAUAGGUGGUGUGUACGUCAUCUGUAUAUACCCGUUGUACAAAUGGGUUAUUCUUCCCGCCAAGCAUCCACAAUUGUGUUCCUAUUCAGCGCCUUUUUCCACGAGUAUUUGGUCUCAGUGCCGUUGCAAACGUACAAGAUUUGGGCUUUUCUUGGCAUGAUGGGUCAAAUACCGUUAUCAGCUGUAUCUAGAUAUGUAGAGCGUCGUUUUGGCCCCCGCAUGGGAAAUAUUAUUGUUUGGGCAUCUAUUAUAUUGGGACAACCGCUGUGCAUUAUGUCAUAUUAUCAUGACUAUGUCAUUACACAUUUGCAGAAUGCACUGAAUGGCACUGAACAUAGGUAGACUUUGGGUAAUAUUAUCUGGUCUGUACUUUUUUCUUUAUUUAUAAGCCAAAUACAAGUUGAGGAAACUUGAAUGCCACAUACAAGUCAUGCAUAGUACUGAGUAACAGAAAUAUAUUGUUAUUUUAUGCAUUUGUUAAUGAUCUUAAGCUUUAUGUAAAUAAAGAGAAUGGAUUUUGUAU